GUUUUGAUUUAAAAUAAACAGAGUGAAUAAACUAAAGGUGGGAAUAGAUUACACUUUGUGCGCACAUCUCUUUAUAAGCAGAAGUAGAAAUCGCUUUUGAGACGUGCCUCCCAGGGGGGAUGGAAUGUUCCCUUGAUCCCUUAGCUUGGAAAUUUCACUUUUUCACACCCUUGUUUCCCAUCAUGAUAAAUUCCAUUUUUCUCUAAUUUUUUUGUCAAAGUUCCCUUUAAUAGUACAGAUAUCCCCUGUUCCCUAAAAUUAAUCCCAAAAAUAUCUCUGGUUCUCUUGAAAUAAAUGACCAUGUUCCCUUGUUCCUCAAAACCUCUGGGAUACCCUCACUUUAAAAUCUUCAACAUUACAUGCAACAAUUUAAAAGUUAAAUAGGUAAUGCCGAAGCACAACCAUCGGCCAUUCACUGCAUUCUGCUUAUCGAAUCUCUAAAAAAACUCGACAAGUGGUCUUCUUUAUAGACUUUCUUUUUCUGAGCGCUAAACCGUGGUCUGAUGCGGGUAUCGUCGCCAUUUUGGUUGUAUUUUAAAGCAUUAGAACUUGCUUAUGUUGAGUGCAAUAUUCAAACAUGUAUCCGUGCCUUGAUCUAUUACUGACAGGAUAAAAGCUAGUGCUUUAAGUCCUAAGCUCGAUGAGUUUAUUCUCCUCGUUAAUUCCACAUAUUUAUGUUAUCGUCAAUUUUGAGAAUGUCGUUGUUUAUCAAGACAAUUACUCCUUUGCCUCUUUAUUCUUAUUUGUUUUUGAUGUUUCCUUCAGCGAAUGUUUCUUUUCCUGUUUAUAGGAGAAACCUGUUGUCUGUUUCGACAAAGUUGUUCAGCAUUCCUCUUCAUCGUUACCUUGUUAUACGUCUAUUACUUCUCGUGUUUCAUGAAAAAUGAACUGCGAACCCCUUACCACCCUCCUCAACCCCUGUCCACUCACUUACUCUGUCGUGGCGCGCUUAAAACGCUGACCAAUGGGAACUGGAUGCGGAGAAACGUCAGUGAUGACGUUGUGCGGAACAGAAAGAGACUGGAUAUUAUGUUGCGGGAGCGUAAAGGUUGGCCCGAGCGGUUGUUUCACGGAGAUCUCCGUUGCGGACCUUUAUUUCCCCUUCCUCGUAAAGUUAGAAAUCCAAGCAGACCUUAUGUGUUAGAUGUACAAUCGCAGUGCGAUACUGAAAGUAAUAAUUACUGUUGCCAAGGAAACACGGGCUGGUGUGGGCAUGGUGACAAAUUCUGCGACUGCCCCAGCUGCAUAAAUUACAAGUCGUUCAUCUCCGCUGAGCUUGCGCAAUGGCAGCCACUCAAAGGUUGCCAUGUCAAGAACUUCACGCAAUCUUCUGCGUGCGAGUCGAUGUCACGCGGGAUAAGUAGCGUGACGUUUGUUGGCGAUUCCCUAGUGCGACAUUUCUUCUCGGCAAUGGUUAUUCUCUUGACGAACGAUCCACUCUAUGGUGCACUGAAGUUCACAACUCCGACCAAGAUGCGUGACAUCUGUAGAGGUGACAGUCAGUUUGUGGAUAGCAUCUGUCACGUGCAUACUGCCAUGACGUGGCGUGACAUUAUGGACAAUCCAAAUUUUUGCGACGGCUGGGCAAGGUUUCAAAUUUCCUACGUGAAAGCGUACAAAGUGGAGACGGCAGGGCUGGCCCUUCUCGCGAUCAAAAAACUCUUGAACAAAGUUGGCUCAGUUGUUCUCAUGGGAAUUGGAAUUCACAACAACUUCAAUGCGUCAGCGGUUAUCCAAUUUUACCUUGAGCCCGCAGUGCGACUGGUUUCAACGUCCAAUAAUGGCUGGCCGCACCUUAUUUGGCUAUCAACCCAUUCGAUGGGUCCUUUGAAGCCAAUCAAUUAUCACAGGGACCAGGGAAACCCGGCAAUAUUGUCAUUCAAUAACCAGUUAUCAGAAUACUGCAACCAGCACAACGUGACGUUGUUUGAUACCUUCAACAUGACAAUGGGAGUUCACAGUUUUGACGGUACGCACUUCGGAGUUGGUGUUAACACCAUGAAAGUACAAAUCCUCUUGAACUACUUGGAGGAAACGUUUUCAAGGUGAUGGACAAGAAGGGGUACUUUUACUGAGUUGAAGCUCCCCCUCUCCUCCCCUUGUGCAAAUUACAGGGUGUUGACCACACCCCUACGGUAUUGUAUGUUUCCCUCAUCUCCACCCGCUAUCGUAGAAUAUUUACCCAAAGUGUUCACUAAGUGAAGAAUGUUACUUGACCUAACGAAAGUCAUUAGAAAAAGGUUUAACAACGGAAUUUGUGUGAAUAAUAAUUUCAAACGAAUUCCUGAAUGCAGAGGACCACAUAACGCAGGCUAAAAGAAAACUGAAGAAAGUUUCUUCUGGCAGAAAACUGUUCUUGUAGAGAAUACUGAACAGACACACCACUCAAGGUGCGAAGAAAAUUAUGAAGAAAACAGGAAGACCAAUAUUUCGACCAGAGUCCCGAACGGCUCCUAAAAUUUGAAUAGCAAUCUGAGUGACAUAUAUUUAGUAAUGACAAGGAUACAGUUUAAAACGAGAGCAUUCGGAGAAGAGCUUCUAAAAAUUACGGAUGAGUGCUCCGUAAGGCUUCAAAACAUCUGAAAAAACCUGACCAGUCAGCAACUCAAUGAACUGUCUGGAGUACAUGAUAACAAGUACCAAUUUUUUUACGUGCCAAAGUCUAUGUUUCUGAGACUUUUGACACCAGCAUUGCGUGUUAAAUAGGUUAUGUAUCAAUUCCACAUUGUUUCACCUUGACAUAUCAUAUGUUUUGUAUUUCACGAGAUUAAAGUUGCGACACCAAAUCUCCUGGCCCUGGUCGUUCGAAUGCUGGAUAACGCAAUCCACGGGAUAAAUCGCUAUCCAUUGGAUAAGUGGUAACAAAACAAAUUACGCUAUCCACUAGAUAGUGAUUUAUCUGGUGGAUAGCAUUAUCCACCUUGUGAACAACCGGGGCCUGACUGAUAUAUAAGAAACGAAAUGACGAUAGAAGGGCUGCAAGUCUUGGGCAAAAACCUUUCUCUCGGUUGUAGUGCUUUUGAGUCCAAACUUCUUUUGAAGAUUUUUUGUAAAACGAGUCAAACUCUAAUAAAAAUUCCUCAGAACAAGAUAAUGGUUAACUUGUUAAAACGUUACCACACACUCCCAAAGAAAUCCACAUCUAAUUUAACAUGGAAAAUCUAAAUUGGUUUUCUACAUUUAACGGGACAGAAUUUAUUUUAUUUGUCAUUUUUAUUGUAAGAUAUAUAAUAUCUUGUACAUAUUAUAUUAAAUCUAAAAAAAUAAUAAUAAAUAAAUAACAACUUUUCAUGUGCAAAGACCAUGUCAAUCCACAGUGUGAUAAUAAAGUUGUUUCCUUACUUCUCAAUAAAUUAUUUAUUUAUUUCUCAGUCCAUUAGCAAUACAUGCUAAGAG